AUGAGUUCCCACAAGAAGAAGCAACCCUUUACCCCACCCCCUCAGCUUCAGCAGCAGCAGGUGAAACAACACAGCCAGCCUCCCCGUCAGGAAUCAUUUGUUCCCAUAACCAAGGAGCCAGGCUACCCAAAGGUUCCACAACCGGGAAACACCAAGAUUCCAGAGCUAGGCUGCACCAAGGUCCCUGAGCCAGGCUGCACCAAGGCCCUUGAGCCAAUCUACACCAAGGUACCAGAGCCGCAUCCUUCAACAGUCACUUCAGGCCCAGCUCAGCAGAAGACCAAGCAGAACAUGAGUUCCCAGCAGCAGAAGCAGCCCUGCACCCCACCCCCUCAGCUUCAGCAGCAGCAGGUGAAACAGCCUUGCCAGCCUCCACCCCAGGAACCAUGCAUCCCCAAAACCAAGGAGCCCUGCCUCCCCAAGGUGCCUGAGCCCUGCCACCCCAAAGUGCCUGAACCCUGCCAGCCCAAGGUUCCGGAGCCCUGCCACCCCAAGGUGCCUGAGCCCUGCCCUUCAACGGUCACUCCAGCACCAGCCCAGCAGAAGACCAAGCAGAAGUAAUGUGGUCCACCGCCAUGCCCUUGAGGAGCCAGCCACCAGAUGCUGAAUCCCCUAUCUCAUUCUGCGUAUGAGUCCCAUUUGCCUUGCAAUUAGCAUUCUGCCUCCACCAAAAAAGAAUGUGCUAUGAAGCUUUAUUUCCUAUACACUCUGAGUCUCUGAAUGAAGCUGAAGGUCUUAGUACCAGAGCUAGUUUUCAGCUGCUCAGAAUUCAUCUGAAGAGAGACUUAAGAUCAAAGCAAAUGAUUCAGCUCCCUUAUGCCCCCAUUAAAUUCACUUUCAGUUCCA